AUGUCUCUUCACGUCUUCAUGACCCUAUUCCAGCCUACGGUAAUAGGUAAGGAGUCAAAGGGGUGGUAUUACUUGACUCCCUGGGAGGGCCUAUGCACCUUUUGUGGUGGGGCCGCCUUCUUCCAUAAAGGGGUGGAAGGAGUCGUGGUUCUGGGUGAGGGGCAGGUGGCAAGCGGUGGAGGGAGACAAAGCUCUGUCUUGCACAAUAGCAGUGUGAGGUUCGAGCUUAGCAGGGAGGAGUUUGAAGUGAUAGAGGACAUUUACAAGAGACCUCUGAAGCUCCGCCACUUCGAUCACCUCAUUGAUAGAAGUCGCUAUUUCCUCGACUUUGAACUGAUGGCAUCUAAGGAUAAGUUUAAGAUGAAUGAGUACCCAGCUCCUGACAUGGCGUCCAUACUGAGGACAACUUCCCACUAUGAAGGCGAGGCCCCUGAAGCCGGGCACCCGCGGGCUUCCAAAGAGGAGACCCCCCAAAGGCCAGAAAAGGCCAAGGAGCCUCAGGGGAAGGAGAAAGUCGUUGAAGACCCGAAGAAGAAGAAGCUGGUGCACAUCUCUAGCUCGUCUGGCAAAUUUAGGAGUUCUAUGUCCCAAGGCAAAGAAGUCGGACCGUCGAAGCUACUGGAAGCCACCUCGAAAGUAGUUAAGAUUGAAAUGGUUAGGCGUGCAGAGGCUGAUGAGGCAAGAGAGGAGGCUGCAAGGAGGCAAGCUGAGGUGGCUGGGGAGGAGGCUGCUAAAGAGAAACCUGUUCGAGUACAAGGCAAGUCUCCGAGCUUCCUUGCCAACAGGGAGGAGCCUCUGGCCCAGCUUUGGGAGGCCCUCAUUGACUUCCAGACGAGGACCACCACCUCAGGGAGGAAGAUAGCCUCCCUUGCAGAGGAGCUGAAGGCGGCUAGGGCUGAGGUUGAGGUAUCUAGGGCUGAAAAACUUGAAGAAUCGGCCAAGUUGGAGUCUGCCUUGGCCCAAAUAGAGGCAUUGAAGAGAGAGGUACAUGAGUCCCAGUGUGAGGUUGCCUCCUUGACUAAGAAGGUGGAGGUUUCCAAUGAUCACCAGAAGUGGUAUGUCGAUGAUGCAACCCAUGCUAGGGAGGAAGCCCAAAGUGCAAGGGAGGAGGCAGUGAGAGACUACAUUGCCAACUUCCACAAUACCGAGGAGUACAAGAGCUUUAGCACUUACUGGAGGAACUUUGCUUAUGCCGAAGUGAUGGAGCGGGCUGAGGAGUUGUCAGAGUUUGUGGACGAAGUGCCUCAAACCCCAGCUGAUGAAGUGGUGGAAGAUGAAGUAGUAGAAGCAGAAGAAGCAAAUUCUGAUGCUCAAGCUGCGAAAGUUCCAGCUGCUGAGGUACCUCCACCAUCUUCCCAGGCUUAUGAUAGUUUUCUUUUCAGUUAUGCAUGA